AGAGAGAGAUGGAGCUAACGAUGAAGUCGCUCACGGCGGGUUUUGCUGUCUCGGCGGCGAUAUUGAUCUCGUUAAGCGUGUCCAGCAGCUCCGCCACGAGCUACGGGGAUGCGGUGGAGACGAGCUUGUUGUUCUUCGAGGCGCAGAGGUCGGGGAAGCUCCCUACCGACCAUCGGGUCAAGUGGCGCGGCGACUCCGCCGUCCACGACGGCUUCUCUCAAGGGGUGGACUUGGUCGGAGGGUACUACGACGCCGGAGAUCACGUCAAGUUCGGGCUUCCCAUGGCGUUCACCAUCACGAUGCUGGCGUGGGGGGCGGCCGAGUUCAGGAAGGAGAUCGCCGGCCUGAACCAGAUGGACCACGCGCUGCGGGCCAUCCGCUGGGGCACCGACUACAUCCUAAAGGCUCACCCGCAACCCGAUGUUCUCUGGGCUCAGGUGGGCGACGGCAAUUCGGACCACUAUUGCUGGGAGCGAGCCGAGGACAUGACGACUCCUAGAAACGCUUACAAGCUCGAUAACGAGAAUCCCGGCUCGGACCUCACCAGCGAGACCGCCGCUGCCUUGGCGGCGGCAUCCUUGGCUUUCCGGCCCUACAACUCCUCCUACUCCAAUCUCCUCUUAGUCCAUGCGAAGCAACUGUUCUCAUUUGCGGAUAGAUUCAGAGGCCAAUAUGACGACUCGAUCGAGUCCGCUCAGCAGUUCUAUCCAUCCUCGGGCUAUUCGGACGAGUUGUUGUGGGGGGCAACAUGGCUGUACAGAGCAACAGGCGACCAGACGUACUUGAAAUAUGCAAUUGACAACGCAGGGUCAAUGGGUGGGAUCAGCUGGGGAGUGAAAGAGUUCUCUUGGGACACCAAGUAUGCUGGCGUGCAAGUCCUCCUCUCCAAGGUACUGAUGGACAACCCACAUAGUCCGUAUGCUUCGAUUCUAAAGCAAUACCAGGCAAAAGCAGAGUACUUCACAUGUGCCUGCGUGCAGAAGAACGGCGGUUACAAUGUCAACAGGACUCCGGGUGGGUUGAUGUACAUGCACAAUUGGAACAACAUGCAGUACGUGUCUUCCGCAUCAUUCCUUCUCGCCGUUUACUCAGUUUAUUUGUCCGCGUCGAAGGCCAAGGUCACGUGUCCAAACGGGCAAGUUCAGCCUCAGGAUCUUCUCAACUUUGCCAAGUCUCAGGGCGAUUAUAUCCUUGGGAAGAAUCCUAAAUCUAUAAGCUACCUGGUGGGAUAUGGACAGAGUUAUCCCACGCAUGUUCAUCACAGAGGCGCUUCCAUCACCUCUAUCUCUGUCCUGCAAUCUGCAGUCGGAUGCGUGCAAGGCUUUGAUGCGUGGUACCGCCGCCCCGAAGGGAACCCGAACGUGAUAUAUGGUGCCCUUGUGGGUGGUCCGGACAAGAACGACGGGUUCUACGAUGAUAGAUCGAAUUACGAGCAAACCGAGCCCACACUUUCGGCCUGUGCUCCACUCAUAGGCCUCUUCUCCAAGCUACAAAGCGCAUACGGAGCGCCAGGUUCCUAUCAAGAUCAAAGACCAGGGACUCCUUCAACAUCGCCUGGCAGCUACUCCCAGAAAACACCACCAGCCUACACAGGUUCGAAGUCCCCUGUUCAGUUCCUUCACUCGAUAACGAGCUCAUGGAACCACGGAGGGGCUACGUAUUACCGGCACCAGGUCAUCAUCAAGAACAUAUCACAGAAGCCAGUCUCAGAUCUUAAGCUCCAGAUAGAGAAUAUCUCAGGGUCUUUGUGGGGGCUCACACCCACCCAAGAAAAGAACAUCUAUCAGCUUCCUCACUUGCAGGUCUUGAAGCCUGGGUCGCAGUACAUGUUUGUGUAUGUUCAGGGUGGUCCUCAAGCUAAAAUUUCAGUUGUGAGCUACCAUUAAUCACUUCAAAUAUUGAAAAGUGAGUUCAGAG